AUGACCGGCUUCCUCCGCAACGGCUACUGCGAAGUCCCCGCCGGCGACUUUGGGAACCACAGCGUUGCAGCAGAAGUGACAGACGAGUUCCUCGACUUCUCUGCUCGGCAGGGCAACGAUCUCAGAGUGAUUCCAGAGAUGAAGGGUGGGUGCAAGUGGUGUUUGUGCGCGAGCAGGUGGUUGGAGGCAUUUGAGGCGAGGGGACGGGAGAAGGAGGGGGAGAAGAUUGUGCCAAAGAUCUUUUUGAAGGCUACGAAUGAGAAGGCGCUGGGCAAGAUCAACAUGGACGACUUGAAGAAGUAUGCGGCGGACAAGGAGUAG